AUGCGCUACUCUAUGAUCCACGGCCUUCUUCUUUUGGCUGUCUCCCCUCUGGCAGCUCUCGCCCUCCCAGUGGACCCUAACGACCAAGCUGGUCAGUGGGAUCCCAGUGGACAGUACCGCAAGGGUCACUAUGACCAGAGCGGUCAGUUCAUCCCCAACAACGGCGAUAACCGCUACAACAACAACGGUCAAGUCAACCAGAACGGCUACGUUGACCGCAAUGGCCAGUGGCGCGACAACAACCAGAACAACCAGGGUGGCUGGACUGAUGCCAAUGGUCACUGGCACGCAAACAACAACCAAAACCAAAAUGGUUGGACAGACUCCAACGGUCAAUGGCACGCCAACAACCAGAACAACCAGGGCGGUUGGACCGACGCCAACGGCCAGUGGCACGCAAACCAGAAGCGCGACAUCAUCCCCGGACAGAUUACUCCCUUUGGCGCUGAGGCUGGCCGUCUGAACCACCCUGGACUUGAGACCAAGGUUAGCCCCAUGGGUGAUUUGACUACUCAUACUCCACACCGUCGCAGCUGGCGCCAGGAUGGUGAGAACUACAACAACGGUGACUACAACAACGAUUAUCACUACCGCAACGGCGACUACAACCGCAAUAAUGACUACAACCGCAACAACGACUACAAUCGCAACGACGACUACAACCGCGAUGAUGACUACUGGUACCGCGAGAACUGGGACCGUGCCUCGCGCGUCGCUUCCCACUUGCUCACUCCUACCCCCAUCUUCCCCCGUGACAUUCCCAGUGCUGCCAACAACUGGAAUUCCGUGGGCGGCGCCCAGAUCACACCUAGCGCCCAGAACAACCGCUACCAGAGCUAUGGCAACUACAAGAACUAUGGUUCCUACCAGAACUACCCUGCCAACCCCCAGGACCAGAACCAGGACAAGGCCAUCAAGGCCAUCACUGGUCAGCAGGAGUGA